CCAAGGAAGUGGUCGCCAUGGGAACGGGGACGAAAUGCAUCGGGCAAUCAAACAUGAGGAAGACGGGGGAUGUUCUCAACGACAGUCACGCCGAAGUGGUGGCCAAGAGGAGCUUCCAGAGGUACCUCCUCCACCAGCUGUGGCUGGCAGCCGUGCAACAAGAGACAAGCAUCUUUAGCCCAGGGACUGAGCAAGGGACGUGGAUUCUCAGGCCACACAUCACCUUUGUUUUUUUCUCUAGCCACACACCUUGUGGGGACGCUUCCAUCAUCCCGAUGGCGGAAGAGGAGGCCCAGCCGUGCUGGCCCCUGAGCCCAGGGCUGGCUCCCAGGGCUGGCAGCCCGAGCUCUGGAGGGCAGUGGAGUGGAAGCGAAGCAGAAGAGAUUGCGGCCGGCCCCUCCCCCAAGAGAGCAAAAGUGGCUGCCGGGGAUUCGGCACAGGGGGCUGCCCGCCCACCCGCUCUGGGGGCUGCCGAGGAUCCUGCAGCUGCCCGCGGCCCCACCCAAGUGAUGAUGGAUGUCCAUAGGACGGGGGCAAAGUGUGUCCCGGGGGACGCGGGCGACUCCCAGCAGCCUGGCAGCGAGUACCACACUGUGGGGCUCCUGCGGAUCAAGCCGGGCCGUGGGCCUAGGACUGCCUCCAUGUCUUGCAGUGACAAGCUGGCUCGCUGGAAUGUGCUCGGCUGGCAGGGCGCCCUCCUGAUGCAUUUCCUCCAGCAGCCCAUCUACCUGUCAGCCGUGGUGGUGGGUGGCAAAUGUCCCUACAGCCAAGAGGCCAUGGAGAGGGCCAUCGUUGCACGGUGCUGGCAUGUUCUUCAUUUACCAGAUGGUUUCCAGGUUCACAAGGUGAAAAUCCUGCAGUCUUGUCUGCAUUUUAACCAUAGCCGGCGAGCAAUUGAGGACAGCCGUCUUCAGAGUCAGGGCAAGGUGGUUCCGUGCGGUGCAGCCAUCAGCUGGAGUGAGGUUCCUGAACACCCACUAGAUGUCACUUCCAAUGGCUUCAAGCAGGGGACCACCAAGAAAGCCACUGGCAGCCUCACGUCUAGGUCUCGGAUCUGCAAGGUAGAACUAUUCCAUGAGUUCCUGAAGCUGGUGGCCCAAAUUCCACAGGAAAAUCUACCAGGAACUCUCAGAGCUACGAGACUGCAGACCUACUGGGAGUACAAGGAAGCUGCUGCCAGUUACCAAGAGGCUUGGGAGGAGCUGCGGAGCCAGGCAUUCUGUUUCUGGGUGAGGAACAGCCGGGAUUACCUGAACUUCGCCUAGAGGGAAGGAGCUGGGCCGGCCUGUUUAGGUGCAAGAACUCAUUAGUCUCCAUUGACUUGACUGACCCAGUGGUAGGCAAGGAGAUGGACGCACUCUGCUGCCUUGUUCAACAGCCCUACACGUUGCCUGACAGUUUGGACCUUAAACUUGUACAAUUUUGGAUUCUGUAACUAUAAAUGAAGUAGAUAAUUUUUUAAAAAAUACCAUAGAGCUUGAUGCUCAGACCUCUGGAUCUUGACAGACUGACUCUUCAGCUCAGGGAAUGGCAGAACAGACGUUCCCUCCUGUCAUUGCAUUUGCUGCCCCUUCCCAUGAUGGGUGGGGAGACAAAAAUACCCCCCUUGAAUUGUAGACACUGAAGAAUAAAACCAGCCACCUGGAGAGUGCAACCCUCUGAAGACUCAAGCAGGUGAGUGGGGUUUCCGCUGAAAGGGCUCUGGCUGAAGGCACAUACCAGGGGCGGCCCUGGGUAAGCAAAGGCUGGCGGGAACCUGGCCCACUCUUCCAAGAGUUGCCUGUUUUACUUGUGCAUUCCCCUAGCUGUUCCCAAAAUGAGUUGGAAGACAGUGGACUAGGAGCUGUUCCUAAUGUUUUUGCACAGUUGGGACCCUGGCUUGCCACACUUGGGUGUCUCUUUCUUCCUCUCAAAAUUAAGGCUCCAAUAAACUCGGGAGGCCCAGAAUAACAGAGUGGGUAAUGCUUGUUUUCUUCUUCAUGUCCUUAAGGUGGGUGUGGCUGGA